AUGGUCCUCGGCCUCGCCCUAAUGGGCGCCAUAGCCCCAGCAAUGAUAAACAUGGACCAGAGCUCUAAGAACCCUUCAGCCGGCCUCCAACAAGCCAAGCGCCAACGGGGCCAUCUCCUCGCAGAAUGUUACUCGAACGAAGAAACGCCGGAACAGCGAGACCAACUGCACGAUGCACGGGUAUAUCUCGAAGAUGGAAAGUUGUAUGUAACGAAACACCCAACUCCAACAAUGACCCCCUUCGACGGCCACUUCUACACGCACCCAGACUUCCCACCCGAUAAUUCCUCCGGACUGAUCACUUUAGGCGGGGAGACACCGCCUCUCGCUCGAUGGGUGUUUCUAGAUGCUGAGACGAAUGAGAUGCGCUAUGGAGGGAAAGGGGAUACACAGGGCCAUAUCUGUGGACCGUUUGAUCUGCUCGAUGUCGAGAGUGGAUAUGUCACGCUUGAACAACGGCAGAGAUGGCUGGCUGUAAAGUUGCCGGAGCAGCAAGCCCGAGAGCAAGAGGCGUUGGAGCUGGGGAUCUCGGAAUCUGAAGGUGGAGUGAGAAGGUCGUGGACGUUGUACUUUGAUCGAGAUGAGUAUGCGCUGCCGGAGGGGACACAGUGGGUGAAGCUUCGUGUGAGGCAUGUUCCAGUGGGGAGGUAG